AGGCAAUUCAUUAUUUUUGUCCCCACUCAAAUCUCCUAUAUCAUUAUUCUGGGGAUUCGGCUAAGCGGUAAGGGACAAGUUUUCCUUAAAAUCCAAAUGGAUUAAAUGAUUUAAUUAAAACACUAAGGGCACUAUGAAAUAUGGCGAAUACAACAAUGCCGGAAUGGAAAGCCGCGGUUUAAAUUGCUCAAACAGAAGAAACAGCAGGUGGAGAAACCUGUGAACAAUGCUAUGAAAAACUUUCUGGUUUUGAAAUAAUUUCUGGUUUGUAAAAAUGAUGGAAGACGAUCCCUACUCUGCAGCCUCGUUGCGAGCUGCACCACGGAUAGCCACAAUGGGAGCCCCCGACUUCCAAACCAUGGAUCAAACUCCCUACCGCAGUCCUUCCCUCCAUUCGCCGCUGAACCGCUCGGAGAAGUCUCGAUCUGGCGAAUCUCGCUUCUCCUCUUCGGCCUCCUUCGAGUACAACGCACGCAUCGCCAUCGCCCUCGUCCCUUGCGCGCUUUUGCUGGUCGAAAUGGGAGGUUUUCCGGUAAUGGCAACGCUUACAGUCGGUGUAAUGAUUUCCUACAUUCUGGACGCCAUCCAGCUAAAACAAGGCGCCUUCUUCGGCAUCUGGUCGACCCUGAUAAUUUCUCAGUUCGCGUUCUUAAUAGGGGGUUCGCUUUUGUCUGGACUAAGUUCAUGGCCGUUGUACGUGAUUGGCGUGCUGGUGUGCUUUGAGGCCAAUUUUCUGAUCGGAGUUUGGGCGUCUUUACAGUUCCGAUGGCUUCAGCUGGAGAAUCCGUCAAUUGUUAUGGCCUUAGAGAGGAUUUUGUUCUCCUGUGUUCCAUUUACUGCGUCGGUGAUCUGGACAUGGGGGGCCGUGGCGGCUGUCGGAAUGGACCACGCAGCUUAUUACCUCAUGGUGAUAGUUUCGGUCUUUUACUGGCUGUAUGCCAUGCCAAGACAGUCAUCUUUCAGAACAAAAACUGAAAAGCGGUAUGGCGGUCAAAUUGUAGAGGAAACCCUAAUUCUAGGUCCCCUGGAAGGUACACUUCAUACUUUAGGUUUGCUCUUUUUACCUCUCUUAUUUUACAUCGGAUCUCAUCACUCUGUGAUAUUCAGUUCAAUUGCCAAUGUCUGCGACCUUUUUCUGCUCUUUUUCCUGCCUUUUCUGUUCCAAUUGUAUGCCUCCAAUUUUGGAGCAUUGUGGUGGAUUUCGAAGGAUCCUGCGCAGUUGAAGCAGGUUAGAAUUGUGAAUGGAGCCAUUGCACUGGUGGUGGUGACUGUGUGUUUGGAAAUCAGAGUCGUGUUUUAUUCUUUUGGACGGUAUAUGCAUGUUGCGCCUCCUUGGAAUUAUGUUCUUGUGACAAUUACCAUGUUGGGAGGAGCCUCAGCUGCGGGAGCUUAUGGUGUUGGCUUGGUUAGCAGUUCGGUUGGUUCGGUGUUGUUUACUGGCCUGUCAAUUUUGGUGUCUCUCACAGGGUCUAUUGUUGUGGGCAUGCCUCUUAAGUUCUUGCCAGCACCAAUUGUAGCUGGUUUCUACAUAUCACAAUUCUUCACAAAGAAGAGCCUCUCAUCUUAUUUCGUCUUUGUGAUAUCAGCCAGUUUGCCAAUUGCAUGGUUUGUUGUACACAACUACUGGAACCUUAAUAUUUGGUUAGCUGGUAUGGCACUAAAAUCGUUUUGCAAGUACAUAAUUGCUAGUACUGUGCUGGCCAUGGUGAUUCCAGGGCUUGCUCUUCUUCCUUCAAAGGUUCAUAUUGUGAUGGAAUUUGGUCUCAUAAGCCAUGCGUUAAUGGUCUGCUACCUUGAGAAUAAGCUGUACAGUUAUUCAAGCAUUUAUUACUUCGGUAUUGGUGAUGAUGUUAUGUAUCCGAGCUACCUGGUUAUCACCACAACUGUUUUAGGUUUGGCUUUGGUCAGACGCUUGGCUUUGGAUGAUAGAAUUGGGCCCAAGGCAGUGUGGAUUUUGACAUGCCUGUAUGCUGCCAAGCUGUCAUUGCUUUUUCUUUCGUUCAACAGUGUUCUUUGGGUUGCUAUUCUGCUACUAUUGGCCAUCUCUCCUCCAUUGCUUCUUUAUAAAGAAAAGGGAAAGACAGGUUCAAAAAUGAAACCAUGGCAAGGUUUUUCACAUGCUGCUGUUAUAGCUUUGUCUGUCUGGUUCUGUCGAAACACAAUCUUUGAAGCUCUUCAGUGGUGGAAUGGAAGGCCACCAUCUGAUGGUCUUCUGCUGGGGUUUAUUAUUCUUUUAUCAGGACUGGGAUGCUUUCCAAUUGUUUCGCACCAUUUUUCACACAUUCUGUUGGCAAGGCGUGUGCUUCUGCUGGUGGUGGUGGUUGGUGUCUUACUAAUUUACAUGCAGCCCCCUUUGCCACAGGCAUGGACUUUUAAGUCUAAGUUUAUGUACAUAUCAGAUUAUUCUGUUGAUGAUAUUACUAUAUAUGGUUUAGUUGAAAAGAAGGCUUCCUGGCCAUCAUGGUUACUUAUCGGAAUAAUAAUGGUUUCUCUUGCUGCGGUUACUAAAAUUAUUCCAGUGCAAUACAUAGUAGAGCUCAGGAUACUGUACGCUGUUGGCAUUGGGAUCACAUUGGGUAUAUAUAUUUGUGCUGAGUUCUUUAUUCAAGCUCCCAUUCUACAUGCCUUGCUUGUAGGAGCUGUUACAUGUGCAUCCGUCUUUGCGGUCUUUACACAUCUUCCUUCUUCGUCGAGUCCAAGGUUUUUACCCUGGGUAUUUGCGUUUCUGGUUGCACUUUUACCUGUUAUGUAUUUGAUUGAAGGUCAGCUGCGGUUAACUACUGCAGAAAAUGGAGAUGAGGAAAGGUUUGUAGCACUAUUAGCUCUUGAAGGUGCUCGGAUAUCUCUGUUGGGAUUGUAUGCUGCAAUUUUCAUGCUGAUAGCUUUGGAGAUUAAGUUUGAACUAGCAUCAUUGAUGAGAGAUAAAGUCUUGGAGAAAGGAGGAUUGCCAAAGGUAUCAAGUCAGAGUUUUGUUCCAAAGUAUCGCCUUCUUCAACAACGUCGGGCAUCCAUGGUAGCUUCCUUCACAGUAAAGAAACUAGCAGCAGAAGGGGCAUGGAUGCCGGCAGUUGGCAAUGUUGCUACAGGACUCUGUUUCUUAAUAUGUCUAAUACUGAAUCUACAUUUAUCUGGUGGCUCAAAUCGGGCAAUAUUUAUUCUGGCACCAAUUUUGCUGCUGCUCAAUCAGGAUUCAAGCUUCUUUACUGGCUUUGGGGACCGACAAAGGUACUUCCCUCUUACUGCUGUCAUCUCUUUAUAUUUAGUAGCAUCUAGCAUAUACAAACUAUGGGAUGAAGUAUGGCAUGGAUAUGCUGGGUGGGGACUUGAGACUGGAGGUCCAGGUUGGUUCUUUGUUGUGAAAAACACAGCCUUGUUGAUGCUAACUUUACCUAAUCAUAUACUUUUCAAUCGCUUCAUGUGGGACUAUGCAAGACAGUCAGAUUUAAUAUUAUUAUUGAUCAUGCCUCUCAAUUUGCCUUCAGUUGUAAUGACUGAUAUAAUCGCUAUUAAAGUUUUGGCAUUGUUAGGCAUUAUGUAUGCUCUAGUCCAGUAUUUGGUUUCAAGGCACAUUAGAAUCAAGGGAAUGAGGUUUAUUUGAGUGAGAGAAAAGGGUUGUACUGGAAAAUUUUUGAACUCGGCUCCUUUUGAAUAGUUCAUAUCAUUUAUUGCAUGGUAGUCCCUUUUUUGUGGGCUGAAUAAUUUUCAUUUUCACAAAACAAGAGUAACUUGGUACCAAUUGAAUUUUGGUUGCUGAUAUACAUUAGCUGGUUUUAGAUAGUUCAGAAGUGAUGAACCAAUGUUUCAUAGCAGCUAAAGCUGCCAUAGUUGCAUAUAAAUUACAUCUUGAACGAUAUAUGGAACUUAAAAUAAAAUCACUCAAUUUUUGAUC